AUGGCCAUUGCACAAAGACUUCUCAUCACUAUGUCCUGUGAAGCCAGCGUUCACUGGACGUUGCCUGCUUUUGUUCUCUUGGGUUUUCUGGCUGGGAUUGUUUCAUCGUAUCCAGUUGUAAGCAGAACUAAUGGCACAUUGCUGGAGAGAGGAUGGGAGUCUCUGUUGUCCAGGUCCAUUGCUGGGAUGUCAGGAGAGAAAUCAGAUGUGAACUGGGAGAGUGACUAUUUGCUAGGAAUCAAGAGGCAGCGGAGGCUUUACUGCAAUGUGGGCAUCGGGUUUCACCUUCAAAUCCUCCCAGAUGGAAGGAUAAGCGGUGUUCACAAUGAAAACCAAUACAGUCUUUUAGAAAUAUCAACUGUGGAGCGAGGUGUUGUUAGCCUGUUUGGGGUGAAAAGUGCUCUCUUUGUAGCAAUGAACAACAAAGGGAGGUUAUAUGGAACGGCAAUUUUUCAAGACGAAUGCAAAUUCAGAGAAACCCUGCUGCCCAAUAACUACAAUGCAUAUGAAUCAAGUGAUUACCAAGGGGCUUACAUAGCACUCAGCAAACACGGGAGAGUGAAAAAAGGAAACAAAGUCUCUCCUGCGAUGACAGUGACACAUUUUUUGCCCAGAAUAUGAAAACAAAUACAACAUAUUAAAUCACAGGAAAAAAAUAUCUAUUUCAUUUUGCACAUGUGAAUAAUCUCCCAGGUAAAGUAUUUAUGCUGUUAGUGGAUAUAUGUAUAUUUGGAUAGAGAAGUUUGUAUUCGAUCUGUUACACAGUAUAUGUUGCUUCUCUUGUACUCAGUGUGCACAAAUUCUAUCUGGGUGCACCCACCUGAACUGGUGCUGUACAGAAAAAAAAAUGCAACCCUGACUGAAGGGCAACAAGUAUCUGGAACUUGUGAAGCAGCCACAGAUACUUUUUGUUGUUAUUGUUUGAUUUUAAUUACCUCACAUAGUAGCCUUUUGAUUGAGAGUUUUUAUUAAUACAUAUAAUGGGCCAAAUCCUCAGCGGGAUGGACGUCAAUGGAGCUACACCAGUUUACACCAUCUGAGGAUCUCCCCUGCCCCCCAUAUAAACGCUAACCCAAAGUCCUCACUCGGUUUUACUCACUAGGGCUCACAUAUGGUUCCAUGUGAGCAAACCUGUUUGCCGACAAAAUCCCACUGAAGUCAGUGGUGACUCCACAAGGGCCUAAGGCUCCACCCAUGUGGAUGUCUCUGCAGGAUCAGGAAGGAAGUCAGUUUGCCUGAGCCCUGCUCUACCCUUAAAAUUUAGAUUGACCUAGUUAUAUUGCUCGGGGGGGGGGGGGUUGAAAAAUUCACACCCCCUGAGCGCCAUAGUUAUCCCAGCCUAACCCCUGAUGAAGAUGUGGCUAGGUUGAUGGAAGAAUUCUUCCCUCACCUUAGCUACUGCCACUCGGAGAGGUGGAUUACCCACAGCGACAGAAAACCUCCUUCUAGCAACAUAGGAAGAGUCUAUACUAUGGCGCUACAGCAACAUAGCUGCGGCUGUGUCACUGUAGCACCUGUGGUAUAGACAUGCCCUGAGUAAGGACUGAGCAAGGACCUCAGGAUCUGGCCCCUCUAUAUUAGAGAUGGGCCUGAGCUGCAAAAUGUGUGUCUUGAGUUCAAGAUUUUGAACCCUUCAAGACUGUUCAGGCUCAUCUCGUAUAUCCACAUUUGUGGCCAUAUCUAGUUUAUUUUAUACAUACACACACACACACACCCCAUCGCUGUAGCUAUGCAUUUUUAAUGCACCAGUCACCAUAUCCAGGUGCCAAGGUGCCCACACAUACAUGCACACAGGGAGGUAAAUAUUUAAAAGCCCAUCUAUUUUAUUUCACUUUCACUACGGUGAUCUCUGAGUGCUGGAAUUAGGCUGCAGUAUUUAAC